CUCAUUUAUCGAAUAUAUUUAUCAUCAUGCAGAAUCCGCAACACAUUAAAAAAUUGUUUAAAAAAAAAACAGCAGGCGGUUCACAUCCAGGGUCAGGAGCCGCUCACCGCGUCGAUGCUAGCCGCGGCACCGCCUCAGGAGCAAAAGCAAAUGCUAGGGGAGCGAUUAUUCCCUCUGAUUCAAUGCAUGUAUCCACAACUGACCGGUAAGAUCACCGGUAUGUUGCUGGAGAUUGACAAUAGCGAGCUGCUUCACAUGCUGGAGCACAGCGAGUCCCUGAAGGCCAAGGUCGAGGAAGCUGUGGCUGUGUUACAGGCCCAUCAGGCCAAGCAAGCGGUCGCGCCGAAAAAGGAAUAAGCGUUAUUUCGUUAAUCCUUCAUUUUUAAUUUGUGAGAAUAAAUCCCGAUUGUUUUUGAGUUUGAUUCGGUGUACACGCGGUGUUGUGUCUUCAUUUAUUUUUUAUUUUUCUGAAUUUAUCCAAUUUAAUCAUUUAAGUAUGUUCAUGUAACGAAUUUACUUUCAAAGACGUAACCGGCAACUUCAGAGUGACAGUUGCUUGGGAAAUUUAUGGAGUGUAUACUCUUUUCACGAUGUAAAAUUUUAGGAAAGGGGACUUGCAACACACACUGGGAAAGAUAGGU